AUGGCUUCCGAACAGCUUAGGAGAGAAGACGUGGUUGAAAAACACGACCAAUCGUUGGAGAAGAACUCCGUCGAAGCCCACACCGGAGUAGUUACCCGAAUUGCAACCCAUUUUGAGUCCUUACAUGAUGAGAACCAAGGCUCCGACUUUCCGUUCAGCCCCACCAAUCAGCUCACGACCUCAUCCUCCUUUAAAGGCAACGCUAAUAAUAAUAAUAAUCAUCUUGUGGAUGAAGAAGCAGCAGGAAAGAAGGAGAUAACAGAAGCUGUCAGCAGCCCGACGUAUCAGAAAUUGGCCGACGCAGUCGGAAGGACAUCGCAAUACUUAUCGGAGAGAGCAAAACCUGUCAUAGAAACACUCUCCGAGAAAGCAAAACCCGUUAUUGAAACACUCUCCGAGAAAGCAAAGCCUGUCAUAGAAACACUCACCAACACCAUUGCAGCAAAUACUAUUGUAGCAGAUGAGCAGGCACAAUCAUCUACCAAUUACGCCACACAAAACUCGGAAGCUUGCGAACUAAUAUCAUCAGCAGCCGAGUGCGUGAAGGACACAACGGUAGACACCGCAAAGAAAGUUGGCACCUUCGUCGAAGAAAAAACCAUCGUGGCAGCAGAAUACAGCGAGAAGGCGGCGGUUGAGGCUAAGAAAGUCGGAAGUUACGUCGGAGAAAAGGCAGUGGUGGCGAAAGAAGUGGCGGUUGAGGCAGGAAUAAACGCGGUUGUGUUCUCGGAGAAAGUGACUGUUGAGGCUAAAGACAGAGCGGUGGUGGCGGGAUGGGGCGUGGCGCAUUACACAGUUGAGGUGGCUGGGGGUGCGGCGGGGUUUAUCGAAGGGAAGGCGGCGGCGGGGAAUUGGGGUACGGUUGCGGAUUAUGUUAAAGAGAAAGCUGCGGCGGCAAAGGAUGCGAGUGCUAGUGCGGAGGAGUAUACUGCUCGGAAGAAGGCGAGCGCGGAGAGGGGAAUGGAAGCUAAUAAGGAGAGGUUGAGUAGUUCUGAUGAGACGAGUUCGAGGGUUGAUCUUGGACACUAG